UCGCAAGUUAAGUUGUUUUGUAAUAUCUUUGCAUGUAACCAGGCAGCCGUUCCGUCUUCCGGAGAAGGCCAUACAACAGACCCGCAUCGCAGCCCUCGGCAACGGACAUCUGUUGCUAAUUCCGACACCAAACCAGUCUUGUGGCAAACGAAUCAUGGUUAGCAAGACGGAUGACAUCCCAGCAUCAUUGCCCAACUGCAACCCCGUUGAUCUUGCCCGGGAAGGCGAGACAGCAAACGGCAAAGGCACCGGCAAGACAGCCCUGAAGGACCCAUGUGCCUGCGGGCACCGUGGUGACACCGCAGUGAUGAACGGGGACGCCGGUCAUGAUCAGGCCGAGGAGGCCGACUCCAAGCAGGAUGGCAGUGCUGAUGCAGACCCCACAGAGGACGCAAACGAACAGGAAGUGAUUGUAAUUCAAGACACUGGCUUCACUGUGAAGAUCCAAGCACCAGGGACUGAACCCUUUGACCUUCAGGUAUCGCCACAAGAGAUGGUGCAAGAGAUCCACCAGGUUCUGAUGGACCAUGAGGACACCUGCCACCGCACCUGCUUCUCCCUGCAGCUCGACGGCAAUGUACUCGACAACUUUGCUGAGCUCAAAUCCAUUGAAGGUCUGCAGGAAGGCUCCCUUCUCAAAGUGGUCGAAGAGCCCUACACAGUGCGUGAAGCUCGCAUACAUGUCCGUCACAUCAGAGAUCUGCUGAAGAGUCUGGAUCCGUCAGACGCUUAUAAUGGAGUGGACUGCAACUCUCUUUCUUUCCUCAGCGUCUUCACAGAUGGAGACCUUGGAGAUACCGGGAAACGCAAAAAGAAGGGCAAUGAACUUGAGCAGAUUGAUUGCACGCCACCUGAACACAUUCUGCCAGGCAGCAAAGAGCGUCCUUUAGUUCCCCUUCAGCCACAGAACAAAGACUGGAAGCCUAUGCAGUGCCUGAAGGUCUUGACUAUGAGUGGCUGGAACCCUCCGCCUGGCAACAGGAAGAUGCACGGAGACCUGAUGUAUUUGUAUAUUGUGACUGUUGAGGACAGACAUGUCAGCAUCACUGCCUCCACCCGCGGAUUCUACCUCAAUCAGUCUACUACUUAUGUCUUCAAUCCCAAGCCAGCCAACCCCAGCUUCCUCAGCCACUCUCUAGUGGAACUGCUGAGUCAGAUUAGCGCUGCCUUCAAGAAGAACUUUACUGCUCUGCAAAAGAAGAGGGUUCAGAGACAUCCAUUUGAGAGGAUAGCCACUCCCUUCCAAGUGUACAGCUGGACUGCACCACAGAUUGAUCAUGCCAUGGACUGUGUGCGAGCAGAGGAUGCCUACACCUCCCGUCUGGGUCACGAGGAGCAUAUACCUGGCCAAACUAGAGACUGGAACGAGGAGCUCCAGACGACCAGAGAACUUUCUCGUAAGAACCUCCCGCGCCUGCUGAGAGAACGAGCCAUAUUCAAGGUCCAUAGCGACUUUGCAGCUGCAGCGACGCGUGGCGCAAUGGCGGUGAUCGAUGGAAAUGUAAUGGCGAUCAACCCCGGAGAGGAAACGCGCAUGCAGAUGUUCAUCUGGAACAACAUCUUCUUCAGCUUGGGUUUUGACGUUCGUGACCAUUACAGGGAGCUGGGCGGGGACGCUGCCGCUCAUGCCGCCCCAACCAACGACCUGAACGGUGUGAGGGCGUACAGUGCUGUGGAUGUGGAGGGGCUUUACACCCUGGGCACGGUGGUAGUGGACUACAGGGGUUACCGUGUAACUGCUCAGUCCAUCAUUCCUGGCAUCUUGGAGCGCGAACAGGAGCAGAGCGUCAUCUAUGGCUCCAUUGACUUCGGAAAGACCGUAGUGUCCCACCCCAAGUAUCUGGAGCUUCUGGAGAAGACCAGCCGCCCGCUGAAGGUGCAGCGCCAUGCUGUGCUCAACGAGAAAGACACCUCUGUAGAGCUGUGCUCCUCUGUGGAGUGUAAGGGUAUCAUUGGAAACGAUGGCCGCCAUUACAUCUUGGACCUUUUGCGCACCUUCCCACCUGACCUCAACUUCCUGCCGGUGGAGGGUGAAGAGCUCGCCCCUGAGAGCCAGAAGCUGGGUUUCCCCCGCCAGCAUCGCCAUCGCCUGGCUUGCUUGCGCCAGGAGCUCAUCGAGGCCUUUGUAGAGCACAGAUAUCUCCUCUUUAUGAAGAUGGCAGCACUCCAGCUAAUGCAGCAGAAAGCAAACAAAGAAAAGACUGCAGCCCUGCUUGACACGAGCACUGCAGAUGCAGAGUCUGAAAGCAAACCUCAGGCUCUUGAAACAUCUGAGAAGUUGCCCGACGGCACACCAACCUCCCCAACUUCUUCUGAAUCCACCCUGACCCCUGAUGAUACAGACAUAACGACGGUGUCUGAAAACUGUGCUCCUGAAAACCAGGAAGCCCCAGCAGAUGUGAAAUCCGAGGUUCCUACGGCAAACACCAACGGUACUCAUGAGCCUUCAGCUGCAGAGAGGCAGAAUGGAGGGUGUGAUAGUCCCUUGGAGGGUAAGGAAGCUGAUGAAAAUAUUCCUGGACUUGCCCAAGCUAAAGAGCUGGCCGAGUCCUUAGCAGCAGAAGAUGGAUCCGGUAUUGACCCCAAAAGCCGAGAGGUGGUCCUAAACGCCUGUAAAGCUGUGGGCUCCAUCAGCAACACCUCUUUCGACAUUCGCUUCAACCCAGACAUCUUCUCUCCAGGCGUACGCUUCCCUGAUGACAGCACUGAGGACAUCCAGAAACAGAAGCAGCUUCUCAAAGAUGCUGCAGCCUUCCUAGUGUCCUGCCAGAUCCCCUCUUUUGUAAAAGACUGUUUAGAUCACAGCUCUUUGCCCAUGGAUGGAGCAACAAUGACAGAAGCCCUUCAUCAGCGUGGCAUUAAUAUGCGUUAUCUUGGUACUGUGCUGGAGUUUCUGGACAACAUGCCUGCAAAAGCACAACUUGAACACAUCUACAGAAUCGGAAUCAGUGAACUCAUCACCAGAUGUGCAAAGCAUAUCUUCAAAACAUAUCUUCAGGGUGUGGAGCUCUCUGCUUUAUCUGCCGCAGUGAGCCACUUCCUGAACUGCCUCUUGAGCUCUUUCCCAGAUGCCGUGGCUCAUCUCCCUGCGGAUGAGCUGGUGUCCCGGAGAAAGAGCCGUAAGAGACGUAACCGCGUCCCUGGUGGAGGGGACAACACGGCAUGGGCUAGUUUAACACCAAGCGAUCUGUGGAAGAACAUCAAUUCUGAGGCGCAGAGCUACUAUCACUUCAACCUGCAAUGUGAAAGUGUGGACCAAGCAGUGGAGAAGUACGGUUUGCAGAAGAUCACCCUGUUGAGGGAGAUAUCAAUCAAGACUGGCAUUCAGAUCUUGAUAAAGGAGUACAACUUCGACAGCCGCCACAAGCCGGCCUUCAGAGAGGACAUCCUGAACAUCUUCCUUGUGAAGCAUGUCAACCCCAAAGCCUCUGAUGCCUUCCAUUUCUUCCAAAGCGGGCAGGCCAAGGUUCAGCAAGGUUUCUUAAAGGAAGGCUGUGAGCUCAUCAACGAGGCCUUGAACCUUUUCAACAAUGUUUAUGGAGCCAUGCAUGUGGAGAUCUGUGCCUGUCUGCGCCUUCUGGCCCGACUCAACUACAUCAUGGGUGAUCAUCCUGAGGCUCUGAGCAAUCAGCAGAAGGCUGUCCUGAUGAGUGAGAGAGUGCUGGGUAUUGAACACCCCAACACUAUUCAAGAAUAUAUGCAUUUAGCUCUGUACUGCUUCGCCAAUGGUCAGCUGUCCACUGCCUUGAAGCUGCUGUACCGCGCUCGCUACCUCAUGCUCGUGGUGUGUGGGGAGGACCAUCCUGAAAUGGCUCUGCUCGAUAGCAAUAUUGGUCUGGUGCUUCACGGUGUGAUGGAGUAUGACCUGUCUCUGCGUUUCCUGGAGAACGCCCUGGCCAUCAAUUCCAAAUACCACGGGCCACGAUCCCUGAAAGUAGCUCUCAGUCAUCACCUGGUGGCCAGAGUUUUUGAGAGCAAGGCAGAGUUCCGCUCUGCACUGCAGCAUGAGAAGGAGGGUUACACCAUAUACAAGAACCAGGUUGGUGAAGCUCAUGAGAAGACGAAGGAGAGCUCAGAGUACCUGAAGUAUCUCACGCAGCAGGCUGUGGCUCUACAGAGAACCAUGAAUGAGAUUUACAAGAACGGAUCUAACGCUAGCAUAAUGCCUCUGAAGUUUACGGCACCAAGCAUGGCCAGUGUUCUGGAACAGCUUAAUAUCAUCAAUGGCAUCAUCUUUAUUCCCCUUAGCCAAAAGGACCUGGAGAAUCUGAAGGCUGAGGUGCAGAGACGGCAGCUGAUGCAGGAUUCUGGGAAAAUUGAGGAACAGCAGGGUGGUCAGUUAGAGCUGGAUGACAAGCUGCCUGUGGAUGAUUAACAUCCCCAACCGUACAGCUCCUCUCCAUACGAGGAAGACACGAUGCAGCAGCCAUCUGUUAGAAGCUGCGGACCUGAGAACUGAGCUGUCUAAUCUAACCAAUUCACUUUCAGCAUAAUGGGGAGGGGAGAACCAGAAACAGGCAACAAAAAAAGUGUACAGAGUGUAGUUUGUAGCUAUAAAGAGAACGAAAGCAGAUGUUUUACACGUGCAAUUCAACAACACGACCCUUGAGGUCUACCGGAGGAAGCAGAGAGAAUGUAGUCCUUCCUCUGUGAGCGUUUGCACAGAUAAGGCUGGAGGUGACCAAGGAUGACCAUGACAUUUUAUACCAGAGCCUUAUCCAUCCAUCAUCCCCAUCUCUUUCCUUCUCAUCUGAGCCCAGGAUAACCACAAUCCGUCCCAAAGCGACCCACGAGUGUAGAGAGAUCCUAAAAACACA